AUGGUAAAUACGACAGUCCAAGUUGUAGCUGCUACUGCGCUUCGCCAAUUUGCAUUUUUCGAUGCUCACCCUGUGAAGGACGUCCAUGACCUUGCUAACCCACCCGAUAUUUUCAAAAACGCCUCGGAAAUCUCAACUGUCACCUCAUCCAGUGCUGGGUUGCUCGUUGCGGAUAUUCACGGCAGUAUACACACUCUAAACAAGGAGUUCGUAUCGACAACGAGCUGGGUCGCACAUGUGGGAGGACGAGUAAUGCACAUGGCAGAGAGGAGUGGUGUGUUGGUGACAAUUGGGGAGGAGAGCGCAGUACGAGGUAGUUUGCUCAAGAUUUGGGAUCUUGGGAAGACGGACAAGAGAAACCAAGCACCAGUGUUACUGAAAUCUGCCAAGGUCCAGCCUAGCAACAAGCCUCAUCCAGUCUCUUGCUUUGCACUUUCUUCUGCACUGUCUUUCCUUGCCAUCGGCUUGGCCGACGGGACGGUGCUACUUUACAGGCAUCUGGACCAGUCGCUGUCUUCCACAACGUCCCUGACUGCACUGCCUAAGACACGGAUCAUUCAUGAAUCAUCCCCUGAACCUAUCACUGGCCUUGGUUUCCGAGAACUUCCGAGUCCCACUAAUGCCGAUGCUAAGGAUAACAACUUGCACCUUUUCAUUGUGACCACGAACACGGUACACUUGUACCACGUGUCUGGCAAAGGGAGUGGGGGAUCUAGCGUGUUAUUAGACGAUAUUGGAUGUGGAUUAGGAUGUGCGGUGAUGGAUUGGCGCGCCGAGAAGAUCGUGCUUGCGAGAGAUGAGGCAGUAUAUGCGUAUGGUUUACAUGGGAGGGAGCCGCCAUAUGCUUAUGAAGGCUACAAGUCGUCGAUCCACACCCACCUUAACUAUGUGAUAGUCGUUUCACCACCCACAACAGCUACAACGACGUCAUCUGCUACGCGAAAGCUUGCAGCGCAAGUGGCAGGUGGAGACGGUGAUGCGUCGAGGGUGACUGUGUUUGACAUGGAGAAUAAGGUAGUUGGAUAUACCGGGGUGUUUGCGGAGGGUAUCAGAGAGGUGAUCUCGGAGUGGGGAAAUAUCUACAUCCUCACAAAUAAUGGGCAGCUGACUCGCCUUGCCGAGAAAUCCACCUCUGCAAAACUCUCCAUGCUGUACGCAAAGGCUCUGUACCCACUUGCACUGAGUCUCGCGCAGACACAACACCUCGACGAGAGCUACGUGGCUGAUAUUCAUCGUCAGCACGGUGACCACCUCUACACGAAAGGAGAUUGGGAUGGCGCGAUGACGUGCUAUCUGAAGACGACAGGUUGGGUGAAACCAAGCUAUGUCGUUAGAAAAUUCCUGGACGCUCAGCGCAUUCACAACCUCGUUACCUAUCUGCAAGAGCUACAUGCCCUUGGUCUGGCAAACGCUGAUCAUACCACUCUUCUGCUUAAUACCUACACCAAACUCAAAGAUGUUGCACGCUUAGACAGCUUCAUUAAAACAGAGUCUCGACGCUCUGGUGCGGCAGAGUCGAACGGCGACCUUCCAUUUGACCUAGACACUGCUAUCCGGGUGUGUAGGCAGGCAGGAUACUUUGAUCAUGCCAGCUACCUUGCGAAGCGCUAUAAGCGACACGAAGAAUAUUUGAGGGUCAUGAUUGAAGACGCUGGGAAGUAUGGGGAAGCAUUGAUGUAUUUGAGACACUUGGGAGCAGUCGCGGCGGAAAGCAACCUCGCUAGGUAUGGACGCGCUAUGCUAGAUAAUCUUCCGGAGGAGACGACACAGCUUCUUAUUGACCUUUGCACCAUCUCUGGGCCCCUCAUCAUCCCUGAAGCAGAGGACACUACUCCACAACAGUCGAGCGCACCAGCAAACGCCCCAUCUUACCUCUCGUACCUUGCCCUCUCCCGUACACCCGCGCCUGAAGACAAAGUUGAGGAAUCCAAUCUGGACAAAGAGGAGGACCUUACGGAACCUCAAACAACGCAGCCCAGCGCACCAACACUAUCCAAAGAGAAACGACCUUCACCUACACUCUAUUUCGCACAUUUUGUUGAUCAUCCGUCAUAUUUUGUCCGUUUCCUAGAAAGCGUAGCCGCACGUCGGUGGGGACAAUCACUUUCCUCUCUCCCAUCUUCUCUUCUAGAUACCAGUCUGGACAAAGACGAAGACCUAGAGAAGUACAAUCAGGCAGCAGUUUGGAACACGUUGCUUGAGCUCUACCUUGACGGAGGCUCUCCAGAACAACAGGAAAAGGCACUCAAAGUUCUGACGAGCGACACUUUACCGUGCGAUAAAACACAUGCAUUGAUUCUUUGCAGCAGCUACAGCUAUACCCGAGGUCUGGUCAUACUUUGGGAGAAGCUGGGUAUGUAUGAAGACAUUUUACGGUUUUGGAUGGACAAGCACAACACAUCGCCAUCCGAGUCUUCUGCAUCAGCAGAGGUCGUGCAGGCCCUCCUACGAUAUGGCCCAACACACCCGCACCUCUAUGAGCUGGUGCUGCGCUUCUUAACAAGCACGCCGGAGCUGCUCACGCGGCACCAGGCGGACGUAGAGAAGAUUUUGGAACACAUCGAGAAGGAGCGGAUAAUACCUCCGCUUGGUGUAGUCCAGAUACUGAGUAGGAAUGGAGUAGCGAGCGUAGGCCUUGUUAAGGACUGGCUCAUGGGACGCAUCAAGGAAGCAAGGGAAGAAGUGCAAACUGACCAGCAACUGAUCAACUCAUACCAGCUAGAAACGAAUGCGAAGUUGAAGCAAGUGGCUGAACUAGAGGACCCCAUGCAUGCAAAGGUGUUUAGUGUGACGCGCUGUUCUCAGUGCAGCGGGCAGCUCGAUCUCCCCAGCGUCCAUUUCAUGUGCAACCACUCGUAUCACCAGCGAUGUCUUCUGGACCACGAGACAGAAUGCCCGCUUUGCUUACGCCAACAUGGGAUCAUCCAGGAGAUUCGGAGGAAUAACGAGAGGAUGGCAGAUCAACACGAGCUAUUCCUCGCAGAUGUGCAAGAUAACGGGUUUAAAGUGCUUGCGGGUGGAUUUGGUAAGGGGGUGCUAAAUAUGACUCGAUUGGACGAUGUUGCUGUAUAA